AGGGCAAUCAAGGCGCAUGCGCAACAUUUAGCCGACAAGAUGGCGACGAGUAAUGGUGGUGGAAUGGAAGUGGAUGGAGCAGCAAGUCCCAGCGUAAUGGCGUCUGGAGUAACGGGGAGUGUGUCUGUAGCACUUCAUCCUCUCGUCAUUCUUAACAUCUCGGACCACUGGAUCCGGCUCCGUUCCCAGGAGGGCCAUGCCACACAGGUGAUUGGAGCUCUGAUAGGGAAGCAGGAAGGCAGAAACAUUGAAGUAAUGAACUCAUUUGAGCUGCUGUCACACACCGUAGAUGAUCGAAUACAUAUUGAUAAAGAAUACUAUUACACCAAGGAAGAGCAGUUUAAACAGGUUUUCAAAGACAUGGAGUUCCUGGGCUGGUAUACAACUGGUGGAUCACCUGACCAAUCAGAUAUACACAUUCAUAAGCAGGUUUGUGAAAUCAUUGAGAGUCCACUCUUUCUAAAGCUGAAUCCCAUGACCAAACACACAGAUCUGCCAGUGAGUGUAUUUGAGUCAGUGAUUGACAUCAUUAAUGGAGAGGCAACCAUGCUUUUUGCGGAGUUGACCUACACUCUGGCAACAGAGGAGGCGGAGCGAAUUGGAGUUGAUCAUGUAGCGCGCAUGACUGCCACGGGCACAGGAGAGAACUCUACAGUGGCUGAACACCUCAUUGCGCAGCACAGUGCAAUAAAGAUGCUGCAUAGUCGGGUAAAGCUGAUCCUCGAGUAUGUGAAGGCGGUGGAAGCAGGUGAGGUUCCAUUUAGUCAUGAGAUUCUGCGUGAGGCUAAUGCACUGUGUCACCGCCUGCCUGUUCUUAGCACACUCAAGUUCAAAACCGAUUUCUAUGAUCAAUGCAACGAUGUCGGGCUGAUGGCAUAUCUUGGCACCAUCACUAAAACCUGUAACAGUAUGAACCAGUUCAUCAACAAGUUCAAUGUUCUCUACGACAGACAGGGAAUCGGACGCCGCAUGAGGGGGCUGUUUUUCUGAUAAACGCACAUGCACCAAAGAAUCAGCCUACUGGUUAGAAAACACUGAGAUUCAGAAAUCUAAACACAGACACUCUCUUAGAGACAUUUUCAGAGAUGUCAUGGUCAACUGUUCUGUUAAGACCGUUCCAACUGCCUGUCUGUGUUUAAUGAUGAACAGGUUUGAGUUUCAUAAAUGCAGCUUUCUGUUUACGUAAGCUAGUGACUCGAUGCUUUUUGUUAUUAUUUGAGGAUUCUGAAAAUAAAUGUGAUUUUGAAUUUA